CUGGACCUCACGGGGAUCGGCCUGACCAAGGUUCCCGACGAGGUGUGGACGCUGACCGACUUGACCGACCUUCAGCUCAGCAACAACAAGAUCACGCGCAUCCCCAACGACGUGGGCAACCUCGCCGAGCUCGAGCGCCUCGGGCUCGCGGGCAAUCGACUUACCGAGAUCCCCGAGGCCAUCGGCAGAUGCGAGCGGCUCCGGCACCUGAUGCUCGCCGGGAACAGGAUCCGCGAGUUGCCCGCGUCCCUCGGCGACUGCAAGUACCUCGAGGAGCUCUCCGUCCCGGGCAACAGACUCGAAUCUCUGCCGGAGACGAUCGGCGGCGCGUACAUGCUCCGCGUCAUCGACGUCCACGGCAACAGGAUCGCGCGGCUGCCGGAUUCCAUCGCGAGGCUCAAGUCGUUGGAGGAGCUCAGCGCGCAGGGUAACCUCUUGACGUCCAUCCCUGACGACGUCGGCGAGAUGCGUCGGCUGGUGCGGCUCAACGUCGCGGAGAACAAACUA